UUAAACACUCUCUCACGCUCCUUCAUUCGCUUUCACUUUCAGGCUUCAGCUAUAGCUGCUGAUUUCAGUUCUUCAUGUUUCAACGGCUUAUUUCUUAAAUCUUCACUCUACCCGAUUUCUGAUGAAACCCUAAUUUGAUCCAAAUGACCCACUUGUAAAUUCUCAAUUUUUUCGACUGUGAUCAAUAAUAUCACUUUAACCCCAAAAUCAGGAACAAAAAAUGACAGAACCGGAUCCGUCCAAAAAAGUGGCCGAUAGAUAUCUGAAGCGUGAAGUUCUUGGUGAAGGUACCUAUGGUGUUGUAUACAAAGCCAUUGAUACUCACACAGGACAUACUGUUGCAAUUAAGAAAAUCCGGCUUGGCAAGCAGAAAGAAGGGGUAAAUUUUACGGCUCUUAGAGAAAUUAAGUUGCUUAAAGAGCUUAAAGAUCCAAACAUUAUUGAGUUGAUUGAUGCAUUCCCGCAUAAGGGGAAUUUGCAUCUUGUGUUUGAAUUUAUGGAGACGGACCUUGAAGCUGUUAUACGAGAUCGAAAUAUUUUUCUUUCACCAGCUGAUACAAAAUCCUACCUUCAAAUGACACUAAAAGGCCUUGCUUUUUGCCACAAGAAAUGGAUUUUGCAUAGGGAUAUGAAGCCAAAUAAUUUGUUGAUAGGAUCUAAUGGACAACUGAAACUAGCAGAUUUUGGUUUAGCGCGAAUGUUUGGAAGCCCAGAUAGAAGGUUCACGCAUCAGGUUUUUGCUCGGUGGUAUAGAGCUCCUGAGCUAUUAUUUGGUGCCAAGCAAUAUGGUUCAGGGGUUGACGUUUGGGCUGCUGCUUGUAUAUUUGCUGAACUUCUUCUUCGUCAACCUUUUUUGCAGGGUACAAGUGACAUUGACCAAUUAGGAAGGAUUUUUGCAGCAUUUGGCACUCCAACACGUUCUCAGUGGCCUGAUAUGGUAUACCUGCCUGCUUAUGUUGAAUACCAAUAUGUUCCUGCCCCUCCCCUGCGUUCUUUAUUUCCAAUGGCAAGUGAUGAUGCUUUAGAUCUGUUGUCAAAGAUGUUUACAUAUGAUCCCAAAGCUAGAAUUUCAGUGCAGCAGGCACUAGAGCAUAGGUAUUUUUCUUCUGCACCUCUGCCAUCAGAUCCAAACAAGCUCCCUAGACCUGCCCCCAAGAAGGAAUCUAGAGUUUCUGAUUUCGCUGUGCAGGAGGGUCCUACUGUAUUAUCACCUCCAAGGAAGUCUAGGAGAGUGAUGCCGGGACAUGAUGGAUUUGAAGGAAAUUCUCUGCAAGCAGAUAAGAUUGACGGCAAUUUUGGUGAUUUCAGACAGACAAAUGAUGAUAAUACAGGCAAGAAUGAAUCAGCUCCAAUGUCUGUAGAUUUUUCUAUCUUUGGAUUAAAACCUCCAAAUAGACCUACAAUUAACAGUGCUGACAGAUCAUAUUUAAAAAGAAAAUUAGAUCUAGAAUUCCAGCAGCCAGAAUAAAUACUCUAUGGCCAAAGCAUUUACACCAGCUUAUGGAGGGUAAAAUACAUUUGAAGAAAUGCAGUGAAUCCUCGAAGGCUUGUUACUACAUCAUUCUUUAUCUCUGUUUUCUGGUGGGAGGCAACGAUAUAUAAGUAUAUGUUUAAAGGAAGAAGUGGUAGUCACCGAAGACCAGCUGUAUUUCGGAGACCAAAAGUAACUGCAAUAGUAAUUUAAAAAAAGAAAGAAAGAAAGAAAGAAAAAUUAUAGUUAUCACAUUCUCACUCUGGUCCUCCUUGUACAUUUUUGUUCUUUAACGUUUUAAGAGAACUUGCAUACUCCAGGCCGUGGAAGACAUUGUUGAGUGUGAAGAAAUUUCUUCAGCCAAUGCUGUAUCUGGUACUUGAAAAAAAUAAAUUUUGGGGGAUACUGAAUUUACAACUUUGUAGUUGAA